AUGAUAAACACCUACGACAGCGGCUUAACUCCACCACCCCUGCCUCCCCGGCCGGGAGCCCAGAGGCUGCCGCCCAGCCGGGCAGGGACCCACUUCUGGUGCCUCUCUCUUGGGUUUGUGGUCCAGACUGUGGUCAUAGUGGCAUUGUUCAUCUACCUGUUCCAGAGGACUGAUAUAGAAAGGAAUGAAAAGUCAGCCUUCCAUGACGACCUCCUGCUGUUGAAGAGACUGGAGGAGUGUGAUUCCAAUAGCCUAGACAUGGAAUCACUUACAGCAGUGGGCCCUAACACAGACUCAGGAGCUCUGGCACAGAUGAAAGUAGAGAGGACCGACAGCAAGUCUACAUCGCAAGUCCUGCUCUGGAACCACAAGCACUCCACACUGCGGAAUGUGGACCACCUUGCCCUGCGCGGCAUGCUCCGGAUCCGCAUCCCCGGGGAUUACUAUGUCUACUCCCAGGUCACCUUCUCCAAGAUGAAUCCCAAAAUACCCCUGCUCCAGACCAUCAUUCGCCAGAAAGGCCAAGCCAAGCUGGUGGAGGAGGACGUCCUGCUCAAAGCGUUCUGCAGCCCCACUAGCGGAGAUGUGUGCACGUCCUACCACGGCGGGGUGUUCAGGCUGGAGAAGGAUCAGCAGCUCUACGUCAACGUGACGGACCUGGACCUGGUGAACUUUGACAGGAGCGCCACCGCCUUUGGAUUAUUCCUGCUGCGGCCCACUUCCUAG